CGAACAACGAGUCUCAGAACUCGGAUCACGUAACAGUACAUGGGAACUCGCUCGAUCCAGGCAAUAUGCGACACUAAUACGUCGCGAGACGUUGUAGAGAAAGCCGGCGACGCGCAGCUCAGAGCUCGCGCGAAGGCGCAUGUGCUGCGAGUGAGGAAAUUGCGUGCAUGCGAGUGAAAUUUUCAUCAGCGGCUGCUGCAGAGCUAUGCUCGUAUUGAGAAGACGCGAGUGUAACACCCUCGCUGCUCACUGCGCGGUAUACGCGACCGCCACAGCGACCAGCCUCAACACGGGCCCGCAGACACGGACGACGCGCGCGCCCUCUGUCGCCGCGCGUGACGUUACGCAGUUCUAGGGUGACGUCUGCUAGUCGUGUCGAUGCCGUGUCUGGUGUACGGGCGUCGGCUGAUGUUCCCGACGCUAGCGUCUGGUAGACGAUAGGCCACGGCCUAUGAUCGAGAGCGACGCUGCUGCUGCUGUGUGCGUGUGUGUGUGUGUGUGUAAGCUGACGCACUCGGAGCCAGUAUCGCUACAUACUGAUGAACUAGUGUAUGCCAACCAUCAGGUCACCCACCGACACAUAACGCUGCUAACGCACUCAUGCAGGAGAACAAAUACACACACCGACAACGAAGAAUUGCGUUUAGAGCUGGCCGCAUAACGUCGGAGCUGACUGCGUAUAUAAGGUGUAGGACUAGAGGCCGCUGGUCGGCCUUGCCCCGGUCUAUGCGAUCACAACAACAGCGAGCUCCGCUGUAGAGCGCCUGCACGGGAUUGUGUGAGCACUGUGAGUCUAGCGCAGCAAGCAUGGCCGACGACGGAGAUCUCAUAUACCUGCUGCCUCUCCAAACGACGACGGACGACGUCCUCAUAAUCACAGAAGGCGUCGCAACGACAGCUAUCGACAGCGACGGCGUCGGUUAUUACGACGACGAUGACGACGACGUCGGUGAUGCCGACAACGCGUCGUUCGUGGCGCCGGAAGCCGGGAUAGAUAACUAUGAACUGUCGGCGACCACCGAGCCACCUGGCGGCGCGCGCCCGAACGACGAGUGCACGCGCGAAAUUAUCUGCGGAUACUGCGAGCGCAGUGCCACCUAUGCGGUCAGCGACCCAACGUGCGUGCAAAUCCAGUGCCUAUACUGCGGUCGGAAGUCGAAGGGCGGAGAGCGGCGGCCGCAGGAAGUAGAUGGCGUCACAAUGAUGCUGUUCGGAGCCGCCGCCGCCCUCAUCGUCGCCAUUGUCGGUCUGCUGGGCAUCUGCCUGGCCUACCGCAUGGACUGGCUGUCGAUAUCUCUGCCCAUCAUAGGGGCGCUCUUCAUCGCCGUCGGUUACGUGUGCUCGCUGGCUGCGUCCAAGCGCGUGAAGGCAACCAGCGGCGUGGGUUUCCCGCUAUAGUGUAUGUGUGUGUAAGUGUGUGUG